AUGAAGAACCGGCUCCUGAAUCUCGCCCGCCACCACGUCCCAUCGGUUACAGGGAAGCCUGUGCAGCCCGACUCCUCGUCAGCUGCACCCUCAGCUACAGGAGUUUCCUGCGUUUCCUCACCCCAGGCCACAGAGACUCAGGCCAUCAGCACACAGGCAGGUGGCCCUUGCAGGGGACAGCAGGAUCCAGUGGUGGUCAAACCGGCUGCAGCCAUGAAAACGGAAAAGCGCCAAGAUGACGGGGUAGCGGCGCGCGACACCCGGUCGCCUGAAAGCUGUGGACCCGAUUGUAGUGCCAACCACCACCACCAGCACCAUGAUCAUGUUGGACUUGAUGCAAAACCUCACUUUUUCUCCCUCUGCACGAAGUGUGCCAAUGAAGGAAAGGACAAACAGACCCGUGAACCUGCGAGGGGCUUUAUAACGCGGAGCGAGAGCUACUUGAAUGCAAGUGCAGCAUCGCGAUGGGAAGUGGAUGAGCUGUGCGGAGGGGCGCCUCAGGGAAAAGAGCCCGCAUGCUCAGGACCCGUGUUUGAUCGUUCGCGGUUUGUGCAAGAAGUGCAGCUAGAUGGAUCUGUUACUAUCAACGACAUUUUCGAUUUCUCGCACGGUCAAAAUUUGGGCAAGGGCUCUUACGGGCAGGUCAUGAAAGCCAGGGACAUGAAGACAGGGACAACUCGUGCCAUUAAGGUCGUGUAUAAACCCCGAAUCGAGAAUGUCACGCGCCUAAAGCGCGAAAUUCUUAUUAUGAAGCGUCUUGACCAUCCAAAUAUCAUAAAGCUUUUCGAGGUUUAUGAGGAUGAAAAGAACCUAUACCUCGUUAUGGAGCUGUGCACGGGAGGUGAACUAUUUGAGAGGAUCAUCAAGUCUGGUCAUUUCUCUGAGCGUUACGCCGCAUGUCUUAUGCGCCAGGUUUUCUCUGCCGCGGCAUACUGUCACGCGAACAACGUUAUGCACAGAGACCUCAAGCCUGAAAACCUUCUAUACGCCGACAGCUCCCCACUUUCCGCCCUCAAGGUUAUCGACUGGGGCUUUGCAGCUCGGUGUGGCCGGAGCCACAAGUUCAGCAGUGUUGUGGGAACGCCAUAUUACGUCGCACCUGAGGUUCUCUUCGGCAAAUACGGAAGCGAAUGCGACAUAUGGAGCACAGGCGUAAUUCUCUUCAUCCUUCUUUGCGGCUACCCCCCUUUUCACGGCAAAGACAACCAGGCGAUCUUGAAAAAGGUGCAGGUCGGCGAAUUCACGUUUGACCCUCGUCACUGGAAGCGCGUUUCUGAGCCAGCGAAGGAUUUGGUGCGGCGUUGUCUGACUUACGUGCCUUCAAAGCGCAUCACCGCACAGGAGGCCUUGCAGCAUCCAUGGAUUCAGGCAUACACGGCAGGGCACGGUGGGGUGGAGCAGGCGCUUUCUGUCCGCCUUGGGUCUGACUUGAUAGAGCGUUUCAAGAGCUUCCAGCGGCUCCAUAAAUUGAAGCGGCUAGCCAUAACAUGUGUGGCGUAUCAACUUUCAGACAGCGAGAUUGGGAUGCUGCACGAUGCAUUCGCGGCACUAGAUAAGAAUGCGGACGGGGUGCUAACAGUUAGUGAGAUUCAACAGGGCCUGGAACAGUGUGGAGUCCAGGGAGAUGAUGUACUCGAGGUGCUUAAGGAACUGGACACUGAUGGAAAUGGCACAAUUGACUACACGGAGUUCAUUGCUGCCUCAAUGGACCAUAAGAUCUACGAACAGGAAUCAGCCUGCCAAAACGCAUUCCGCGUGUUCGACUUGGAUGGAGAUGGAAAGAUAUCAGUAGAUGAGUUGCAUAAAGUGCUCGAGACAAAUUACAUUAGGGAGGCAUUCAGCAAGGACACCGUCCUGGAAAUGAUUAAAGAGGGUGAUCUGAACAACGACGGAAUGAUUGACUUUGAUGAAUUCAUGCGGAUGAUGAGAGGCCGUCAGAGGAAAUCGAGCGAGAGCACGUCUCCACUCGCGCGGGCACGGGCCCUUCUCUAUCGGCGUUAUGACAACUAG